CCCCGCGGGUUCGCCUCCCGCAUGUGCUUGGAGACACGAUGCACGCGACCGCAUAUAACAUCUGAUCCCCUGCUCCACAAUCACUGUUCACGCCGGUUUGCGAGGUCUACCAGUUCUGCUCCCAUUCUGUCCCCUGGUUCUUCUUUCGUUUCUUUCAAUUUGGCCGUCAGUGCAGCCACAGCCAUCCAAGCAAGCCUGCGGCUCUUCUAGAUCGUCGUCCGACAGCACUCCCUGGCGCUGGAUGCUUCCGUCAACAUGUGGUCGAUGAAACGGUCACGGGCGAACGGUCACGUCGAGAUUUCAGAGCAUACCGAAAUCCGCCGCAAGCCCAUGCCUUCUUCCAACCAGCAGGUUGCCAACUUCUCCUAUCCCCGCACUGACUUCGUUCACCUCUACCGAAGAGACGACCCAGUCGUGCGGGAUUCACUAGGAUCCGAGUCCUCGCCGCCGCCGAUGGUGGAGGACCAUGGGUCGGAUCUCUCUGCUGAGGACGAUUGCCAGUAUCGAGUCGCGGGCUCCGAGUUGUGGGACUCCUGGCCUGCUCGGGAGCACAAGGGCAAGAAAAUAGACUACCCGGCCUUCAUCAAGUCUCCUACCGAUGUUCGGGACGACCGAUCACACCGAGAGCCUGCAAAGAGCCAACGAACACCACCGACGACGCGUGGCCCAGCACUGAGCUCAGGAAGCCAGAGCAGCCAAGUGCUCUCUCGACCAGCAGACGUGCAAGGGCCGGAGCCUCAACCCUCCGCUCCAAAGCCCCCGCCAAAAGUGACCUAUUCUCUCUUUCCUCCGGCGGAAAUCCACCCGAAGCACGCUCCGGUCCCCCUUCAGCCACCUUCGGGUACGCGGUCAAUGGGUCUGGAACCCUCGCCGCGCUCUCUCCCGUCUACCCAAAAAAUGCGGAACGCCGCCGCGGACGGUAAAGGACGCGUGACAUCCGCCUACAGACCAGGCUCGUCGAGAGCGACAACACCUAUUUCGGUCCAUGGUAGUUCCAUCACCGCAGGCUCGUCGUUGCUUCUGCGAAGUCCCGGACCAACGCCUCCAGCUUCUCCCUCCGAUGUUCGAGGCUCUUCCGAAGUUCCAAACUACCCUUCCGCAAGAGCAGAGAAAAGCUCAACUUCGAACUCAAACCAGCGCAAUUUUUCCUUGUCCAAAAUCACGACUCGGUCCUCGCCAUCCCUGGCGAAUCUCGCCAAGGCACAUCACCAAGCGUCAAAAACCGGCCACCAUCACAAGCCGGUGACCCCAGCAGAUCUUUAUGACCGCCCCCUCCCACCGCUGCCCACCGAGCGCCCCGAAACUCCUCCACAGGUCUCCGUCUUCGAAACAGACACGGACGACGAAGCCGACGAAGACGACGGCCGGCCAACCAGCGAGGCCAAGAAGUUCGCCCGCCGCCUGAUGCACGGCCUCGUCCACCAUCACCUCCAUCAUCACCACGACAACGAAAAGCGCGACAAAGGCACCGCGCCGGACCACAAGCGCAGCAUCAGCGACGACGGCCCGUCUGGCUCCAAGGAGGGCGGCGGCGGCGGUAGAAUGGGCAUCUCGCGCACGUUCAACGCCGCGGCGCGGUACAGACAUAGCGGUGGUACCGCUGACGCGGCCGGCCCGCCGAGGGCUGCCGUGAGCAUGGACCUGCCCCGGGACAGCGGGCAUCGGCAGUACCAGCAAAUGGCAGAUGAGGGGGAGAAGGGGGGCAGGUUCUGGAGUGGGCGGGCCAGUAAUGAGCUUUUAGGGAGGAUCUGGAAGCGACGCUGUUGAUCUGGCGGCUUGCUCACUUCUUUUCUUUUCUUCUUCUUCU